AGAGGAGGCCCCGGGGGUGGUCAGGGGGACUGGGGAUCCCGCCGGCAGAGGUCCCUUGGCCGCCUGACUGACUGACGGGCUGAUUGACUGCAGCGGCCUCGGGUCCGGACGCUCGGAGCGGGGCGGCGCGGUGAGCGGAGCCAUGGCCUCGGGUGGGUAUAACCCAUGUAUAGAGAUAAUUGAACAACCCAGGCAGAGGGGAAUGCGUUUUAGAUACAAAUGUGAAGGGCGAUCAGCAGGCAGCAUUCCAGGGGAGCACAGCACAGACAACAACCGAACGUACCCAUCUAUCCAGAUUAUGAACUACUAUGGAAAAGGAAAAGUGAGAAUUACAUUAGUAACAAAGAAUGACCCAUAUAAACCUCAUCCUCAUGAUUUAGUAGGAAAAGACUGCAGAGAUGGCUACUAUGAAGCAGAAUUUGGACAAGAACGUAGACCUUUGUUUUUUCAAAAUUUGGGUAUUCGAUGUGUAAAAAAAAAAGAAGUAAAAGAAGCUAUUAUUUCAAGAAUAAGGGCAGGAAUCAAUCCUUUCAAUGUCCCUGAGCAACAGCUGCUUGAUAUUGAAGACUGCGACCUCAAUGUGGUGAGAUUAUGUUUUCAAGUUUUCCUCCCUGACGAACAUGGUAAUUUGACAACUGCUCUACCUCCUAUUGUCUCUAACCCAAUUUAUGACAACCGUGCUCCUAAUACUGCAGAAUUAAGGAUUUGUCGUGUAAACAAGAACUGUGGAAGUGUCAGAGGAGGAGAUGAAAUAUUUCUACUCUGUGACAAAGUUCAGAAAGAUGACAUAGAAGUUCGGUUUGUGUUGAACGAUUGGGAAGCAAAAGGUAUCUUUUCACAAGCUGAUGUACACCGUCAAGUAGCCAUUGUUUUCAAGACUCCACCAUAUUGCAAAGCUAUAACGGAACCGGUAACAGUAAAAAUGCAGUUGCGAAGACCUUCUGACCAGGAAGUUAGUGAAUCUAUGGAUUUUAGAUAUCUGCCAGACGAAAAAGACACAUAUGGCAAUAAAGCAAAGAAACAAAAAACAACUCUGCUUUUCCAGAAACUGUGGCAGGAUUGUGGAGUUAAUUUUCCUGAAAGACCUAGACCUAGUCCCCUAGGAUCAACUGGAGAAGGAAGAUUCAUCAAAAAAGAACCAGUCUUGUUUUCUCAUGGUGCAGUUUUGACAGAAACAUCCGGGCCAGUUUCAAGUCAAGCAGAAUCCUACUAUUCCUCAUCUGUGUCCAUCUCAAGUGCAUUGACACAUCAUGCUUCAGCCAUACCCCCAAUGGUACCUCAGCCUUCUUCAAGCUGGUCAUCAGUGGCCCAUGCCACCUCACGUUCAGUCAAUCCAAAUUCACUGAGUAGUUUUUCAACAGGGACACUUUCCUCUAAUUCACAAGUUAUGCCACCAUUCCUGGAAAUGUCUGUUGUGAGUGAUUUGAAUGUGUCUAAUGCUUGCAUUUAUAACAAUACUAAUGACAUAGGCAGAAUGGAAGCAUCAUCCGUGUCACCAGCUGACUUAUAUGGUAUUUCUGAUGCCAGCAUGCUGCCUAAUUGCCCUGUGAACAUGAUAACGCCCAGUAAUGACAGCAUGAGGGAGACUGAUAAUCCGAGACUUGUGAGCAUGAAUCUUGAAAAUCCUGCCUGUACUUCAGUGUUAGACCCAAGAGACUUAAGACAGCUCCAUCAGAUGUCCUCUUCCAGUAUGUCAGCAGUCGCCAGUUCUAGUACUACUGCUUUUGUUUCACAAUCAGAGGCAUUUGAGGGAUCUGACUUUAAUUGUGCAGAUAACAGUAUGAUAAAUGAGUCAGGACCAUCAAACGGUACUAAUCCAAACAGUCAUAGUUUUGUUCAAAAUAGUCAGUAUUCAGGUAUUGGCACUAUGCAGAAUGAACAAUUGAGUGACUCAUUUGCAUUUGAAUUUUUUCAAGUUAACUUGUAA